AUGGGGGCUAUUGGUGGGGAAGAAAUGAUGAAUUGGGAAAAAGUGCAAGGAAUGGGCAAUGGGAAGGAAGAGAAGAUUCUGGUGUUGGUGAGGUUAAGGCCUUUGAGUGAGAAUGAAAUCACUCGAAAUGAAGUUGCUGACUGGGAAUGCAUCAAUCCGACUACCAUUUUGUACCGGAACAGCCUCCAGGAGAGGUCUGGAUUGCCCACUGCCUAUUCAUUUGACAGAGUAUAUAGGGGUGACUGCGCUACAAGGGAAGUCUAUGAAGAAGGAACAAAGGACAUUGCUCUUUCGGUUGUUGGUGGUAUCAACUCUACUAUUUUUGCAUAUGGUCAAACAAGUAGUGGAAAAACAUACACCAUGAACGGGAUUACUGAGUAUACAGUGGCUGACAUUUAUGAUUACAUACAAAAGCAUGAAGAAAGAGCAUUCGUACUAAAGUUUUCUGCUGUGGAAAUUUAUAAUGAAGUUGUUAGAGAUCUCCUUAGCACAGACAAUGCUCCACUAAGGCUACUUGAUGAUCCAGAGAGAGGGACUAUUAUAGAGAAACUCACGGAAGAAACUUUGAGGGAUUGGAACCAUCUCAAGGAGUUGUUAUCCAUAUGUGAAGCACAAAGACAAAUUGGGGAGACCUCUUUGAAUGAAACAAGCUCGAGGUCCCAUCAAAUUCUUAGACUGACAAUUGAAAGUUCUGCUCGCGAGUUUCUAGGAAAGGAUAACUCAACUGCCCUUGCUGCUAGCGUGAAUUUUGUUGAUCUGGCAGGAAGUGAGCGUGCAUCUCAGGCAUUAUCAGUUGGGCAAAGACUGAAGGAAGGUUGCCAUAUAAAUCGUAGUUUACUGACUCUAGGGACUGUCAUUCGCAAGCUAAGCAAAGGAAGACACGGACAUGUCAAUUAUAGAGACUCUAAGCUAACACGCAUAUUGCAGCCUGCCUUGGGGGGAAAUGCAAGAACUGCCAUCAUUUGUACCUUGAGCCCUGCUAGAAGCCAUGUUGAGCAAUCACGAAAUACCCUUUUGUUUGCUAGCUGUGCAAAGGAAGUAUCAACAAAUGCUCAGGUCAACGUAGUGAUGUCUGAUAAGGCAUUGGUGAAGCAUCUGCAGAAAGAGGUAGCUAGAUUGGAGACUGAGUUAAGAGCUCCAGGACCAAUUUGUGAUCAUGCAGUCUUGCUAAGAAAGAAGGACGUGCAAAUUGAAAAGUUGGAGAAAGAGGUUAGGGAGCUAACUAAGAAACUAGAUGUUGCUCAUUCUCGGAUUGAAGAUUUACUACAAACGGUUGGAAAUGAUAAACCUUCAAAGGAACUUAAUGGAAUUCAGUUUCGUAAUGGAGACAUUAGAAGGGAUGGGACGUUGGAUCUACCGCUUUCCGUAAACAGUGUGGAUCGUUCUUCAUCCGAUAGUAUAUCUGAUAUGAGUCAAGGAAUAGAGGAACAUUCAGUAAGAAUGGUUGAAGAUUCUGAAGAAAUGUGCAAGGAAGUACGAUGCAUUGAGAUGGCUGAAUCUGGCGAAGAUAUAACAUUUGAAUCACCUGACUGGUCAACAAAUCAGAAUGAAGGAAGAAUAUCAACUUUGUCAGAUACCGGUAAUGGCAAUGAUGUGGAUGAGGAGCUAUCGCCAAGCUUAUCUGGCCAAGCUAGUGGAAUUCUCAAUGGUCACUCGUAUGGAACGUUGGAGCAGAAAAUCCUUGAUGUACAAAAGACCAUUGAUUCACUAGUCAAACCUUACCCAGAUCAAUUAUCUCCAGGGGCCUCCUCAUCAAUCAGUUUGCCUGCUCCAGGGAGCCUGAAAUUGACAAGAAGCUGGAGUUGCAGAGAUAAUGUAAGGACUAACUCAUCUGACUUUGACAUGCCUGAACAAAGUGAAACCACCCCGCCUACUGGGCUGGAGAAAAGCUUCCCAGGAAGACCAGAAGGAUUCCAAAGAAAGCACUGGAGACUUCCCCCAUCGAUAUAUGGCGCAAAUGCUGAAAGACUUUCCAGAAACGAUUCUCAAUCCUCCAACUGUAGUAGUUUUAUAGAUGAACUCAAAACUCAGAAUGGCAUUCAAGGGGAUGAAGAUAUUCCUACCCUUGGUUCUUUUGUUGCAGGACUCAAAGAGAUGGCAAAGCUUCAGUAUGAACAAUUUGGCGACCAGGUUCGAGAGACGGAACAGAGAGGUGAAAAUAAUGCUUGUAACUUAGGGUUGGAUUCAAUGAACGAUUCUCUGGGCGCUUCUUCAGAUUGGUCCCUGAAGUUUGAGAAGUUGCAGAGAUCGAUAAUUGAAUUGUGGCAAGCUUGCAAUGUCCCAUUGGUCCAUAGGACCUAUUUCUUCCUCCUUUUUAAAGGCGACUUUACAGAUUCCAUUUACAUUGAGGUAGAGCACAGGAGACUGUCCUUCCUGAAAGAGACUUUUUCGAACGGAAAUCCAUCAGUCCAAAAUGGUCGCACUCUUUCAUUAGCAUCAAGCAAGAAAGCUCUUCGCCGGGAGAGGCAGAUGCUGAGCAGGCUUGUAUAUAAAAGGUACACAGAUGCUGAAAGAAACAGAAUUUUCCAGGAAUGGGGAAUCAGUUUGAACUCAAAACGUAGGAGAUUGCAGCUUGUCCAACAAUUGUGGAGUAAUGUUAAAGAUACGGAUCACAAUACAAAGAGCGCUGCUAUUGUGGCGAAGCUAAUUGGGUUCUCGGAGCAAGGUCAAGCCCUCAAGGAGAUGUUUGGUCUUAGCUUCACACCUACCCGCUCGAGUCGAAGAUUUAGCUGGAAGAAUAGUAUGGCAUCCCUUAUGUGA